AUGGCGGCGACGAUUGUGGUGACUGUGACGGCUGCGUCUGCGGUCCCGGCCCCCGCCCUGGCUCCGGCUCCUACCCCGACCCCGACCCCGACCCCGACCCCGACCCCGACCCCGACCCCGACCCCGACCCCGGCUCCGGAGGAAGGAGCCUCUUCGGUGCACUGGUUCCGCAAGGGGCUUAGACUCCAUGACAACCCCGCACUGCAGGCGGCCUUGCGUGGGGCGCGCUGUGUGCGAUGUGUCUACAUCCUCGACCCCUGGUUCGCCGCCUCGUCCUCCGUGGGCAUCAACCGCUGGAGGUUCCUCCUCCAGUCCCUGGAAGAUUUGGACAUCAGCUUAAGGAAAUUGAACUCUCGCCUCUUUGUGGUCCGAGGACAGCCAACCGAUGUGUUCCCAAGACUCUUCAAGGAAUGGGGUGUGACCCGCCUGACCUUCGAAUAUGACUCGGAGCCCUUUGGGAAGGAACGGGACGCAGCUAUUGUGAAGAUGGCCAAGGAGGCCGGUGUGGAGGUGGUAACAGAAAACUCACACACCCUCUAUGACCUGGACAGGAUCAUUGAGCUGAACGGGCAGAAACCACCCCUCACCUACAAGCGCUUUCAGGCCAUCAUCAGCCGCAUGGAGCUGCCCAAAAAGCCGGUGAGCUGUGUGACGAGCCAGCAGAUGGAGCGAUGCCAAGCUGAGAUCCGGGAGAACCAUGAUGACGCCUACGGUGUGCCCUCCCUGGAGGAGCUCGGGUUCCCCACUGAUGGACUCGGCCCAGCUGUUUGGCAGGGAGGGGAGACGGAAGCUCUGGCCCGACUGGACAAGCACUUGGAAAGGAAGGCCUGGGUUGCCAACUACGAGAGACCGAGGAUGAAUGCCACCUCCCUGCUGGCCAGCCCAACAGGUCUCAGCCCCUAUCUGCGCUUUGGGUGCCUCUCCUGCCGCCUCUUCUACUACCGCCUCUGGGAGCUGUAUAAGAAGGUCAAGAGGAAUAACAGCCCACCGCUGUCUCUGUAUGGGCAGCUCCUUUGGCGAGAGUUUUUCUACACCGCGGCCACCAACAACCCCAAGUUUGACCGGAUGGAGGGGAACCCGAUCUGCAUCCAGAUCCCCUGGGACCGCAACCCUGAAGCCCUGGCCAAGUGGGCAGAGGGCAAAACCGGCUUCCCUUGGAUCGAUGCCAUCAUGACCCAGCUUCGGCAGGAGGGUUGGAUCCACCACCUGGCCAGGCACGCGGUGGCCUGCUUCCUGACCCGCGGGGACCUCUGGGUCAGCUGGGAGAGUGGGGUCCGGGUGUUCGACGAGCUGCUCCUCGACGCUGAUUUCAGCGUGAAUGCAGGCAGCUGGAUGUGGCUGUCCUGCAGCGCCUUCUUCCAACAGUUCUUCCACUGCUACUGCCCUGUGGGCUUCGGCCGACGGACAGACCCUAGCGGAGACUACGUCAGGCGCUACCUACCCCAGCUGAAAGGAUUCCCCUCCCGCUACAUCUACGAGCCCUGGAAUGCCCCCGAGUCUGUGCAGAAGGCAGCCAAGUGCAUCAUCGGGGUGGAUUACCCCAAGCCCAUCGUCAACCACGCGGAGACCAGCCGGCUGAACAUCGAGCGCAUGAAGCAGAUCUACCAGCAGCUUUCCCGAUACCGAGGCCUCUGUUUACUGGCCUCUGUCCCGUCCUGCAUGGAAGACCUCAGCACCCCCAUGGCGGAGGUGAGCGUGGGCCAGGCCAGCAGUGUCAGCGGCGCAGGCCCAAAGGCCCUGCCCUGCGGCCCAGCAUCCCCCAAACGCAAACUGGACACCACAGAGGAGGCGUCUGGAGAGGAGCACAGCAAACGGGCCCGGGGCAUGGCAGCGUUGUCCAUAGCAGAGCUGGCUGUCAAAGACGCGUGAGCGUGAGGGCGCCGGGACGGGAACGGGCUGCAAAGCUGAGCAGAUGCAGAAGAAUGGGCACAGACUGGCGGCAAUGGCAGCAGAACCACAGACUGUGGGGAAAUCGAGUCCCCUAAGAAGAGUGUGUGUGUGUGUGUGUGUGUGUGUGUGUGUGUAUGUGAGAGAGAGACAUGUGUGGUGAGGAGAGGGGUGGGACCUGAUGCGUGGAUGUGCCCUGUAAGCCUUGGUGCCCCUCGACCUGGGCCGAGCUCUCCAACCCCACAAGCCCAGAGGCCAACUGAGGGGCCCCAGAGCAGGUGACAGCCUUGCCAAGAUGCCAGCCGACACCUCCUUCCUCCCUCCUUGGAUCAGGACAGUUGGGCCGUGGUGCUGUAGCCAGGGAGGGGGCUGGGUGCUGGCCAGGCCCCGCACUUGUCCAGCUUUGCCCAGGCCCUGCUGUCCUGUGGUGGAGCACUUGGAAGCUCAUGCUCAGGGCAGGAUUAAGCACCUGACUACACAUGGCAUCGUUGGGGGAUUUGGCCACAGGCCAGACCUGCCUCAGCCUGCCCUGCCUUGCCCUGCUCUCCAGGGACUCUGCCUCCGACUGGGUGCAGAGAUUAAACUCUCUUAUAGCUGAGGCAGCUUAAAGGGGCACCAGGCUUCAGAGAAUAGAAGUCUCCUUCAACCACCAGCAGGAUGAAUUCUUGUGGUAGCACCCCACCCACCCCACCCACUGAGGAGGGGUCAUCAGCCCGGCCGACUCCUCCUCUGCUACUUUGAACACCAAAGUGGUGGCCAGGGGAAAUCAGCUGAGGGGAGGCACCUCAGCAUGCCAGCCCUGCCUGGCAAGAGAGGACAGGCCCUGAGUUGUAGGAGUAUCCAUCCAGUGGCCUCCUUCUGGUAUUCCCCCAGCCUGCUUCCUCUUCUUCCCUGACAGGGUUAAAGGCCUCCCUUGGGCUAGGUCAGAAGCCAGUGUGGAAUAAAACCUGGAGUAGACCUGGCAAAGUCUUCCUUCCUGUGCUGGGCCUUCAUGGGGCUGCAGAAAGGAAGCGUGUGUGCCUGUGUGUGUUUUCUGGGCCUCACUGUGUAGCUUACUUGGCUCCAUACACUGUCCCCAGCUGGCCUUCCUGGCCCUCCCCCACAGCUUUGGGGUCACCUGGCCACCUUCCCGAAACAACCUCAGACUCCUGUCCAAAGGGCCCCCUCACCACCCAGCUGUUUGGUACCUUUCUUGUUUCCUCUAGAAAUGUACUUUGUCCAGGGGCUGGGGGUGUGCAGAGAGUAAGGAGCAGUGGGGAGUGGGGGGCACAGACUGGCCUAACUUUGUGUGGGCCAGAGCACAUGGAAGGAGAGGGGGCCGGGCUGGUGUCGAGCAGCCCAUCAGAUAACUGCUGGUUCCCUCCCCCAUCUCCUACCCCUCCCCCCCAAAGAAGGCAAAACCUCAGUCCUCCGCCCCCACCCCUUCCGUAAUUUAUUGGCGGUUGUGGCCCGUCCUGAGUCUAAGUGCAGUUGAGCCGGAGGAUCUUCUCCAGGCCUGGAUUUGCCCGCAUCCCUUCACUACCUUACACUGGCCUCUGGGCCCCCGCACAAAGCUUUCCCCAAGAGCACAAGGAUUCAGCAGUGGGCCCAGUGCCCUUUGUACAGAGACUUCAGAAGCUGCUUUCCAUUGUCUGAACGGUGUGUUGGUUCUCUCCCAUGGUCUGCCUGUAAAAUACACUUUUGUUUUAUAAACGUC